GGUAUGAGGAAAAAGCAAGGUUUGAAUAAUGUUCCCACUCCUUUAGUUUACUGGAUUCUCUCUCUCUCACACACAAACACGUCGGUCUCUCUCUCUCCCCUCUUUUCUUUAUAUAUUCCAUCCAUUAGCAUAGGCAUAUAUAGCAGUUGGUCCUUUUUCUUCUUAAGCUCGUCUGAAUUUUCACUAAUAUAAAUGGGCGAUCACUCAAUAGUUGAAGAAAAAGGCGACGAGAGUGAGAGUAUGAAUCCCAGCAGCUCCACCGCCUUGGAUAUUUACCCUCUCAGCUGUUACUAUUUCGGCUCCAAAGAUUCUGUUUCUCUCAACACCGAGACCCUCGCCGAUCGCCUUCUUCGCCUCAAAGCUAACUAUGAUGCCUAUGGAAUGAGGAGCUGUGUGGCUGCGGUGAUUGUGGUAGAACUUUUCAAACACCCCCAUCUCUUGUUGCUGCAAGUGCAGAACUCCAUCUACAGACUUCCUGGUGGUCGUGUACGACGAGGUGAAUCAGAUACUGACUGCUUAAAACGCAAGCUCUCAAGCAAGCUAUCUGCUGGUGAAGAUGGCCGUGGUCCUGAAUGGGAGGUUGGAGAAUGCCUUGGUAUGUGGUGGAGACCUGACUUUGAGUCCCUACUUUAUCCGUAUUUGCCACCAAACAUAAAGAGGCCUAAAGAGUGCACUAAACUCUAUCUUGUGAAGUUGCCACCAAGCAGAAGGUUUAUCGUACCUAAGAACUUCAGACUUCUUGCUAUCCCGUUGUGCCAACUUCAUGAGAACGAUGAGACUUAUGGUCCGAUAAUCUCUGGAGUUCCGCAGUUGCUAUCCAAAUAUUCCUUCAACUUCAUAGAACCUUAAGAUUGUGAGUUGAAAGGGGCAAUAUAAGGUUUGUGGAUUUGGUGUUUUGUUGACAAAAAAAUGUGUUUAAUGUGAAUUUAAUUGGGAGUGCACUUGUACUGUUGUACGUAUAGUUAGUGACGAUUUGGAUAUAGUCACAGUUUUUUAUCAUAGUGUUUUUUGGGGUUAGUUGUGUAUAAUUCGAUGUAGCUCUCUUUGAAUUAUACACCAGUUACAUGAUUAUCAUGAUUUACACCUGCAGUCUUACUGGCA